CGAAAGAUUUUCGCUCCCUUUUUCUCGGGAAAUUACUGGAAAGGGAAGGCACCAGAACCCUCGUAUCUUCGAUAUAAAUAUAUUGAAAUGCUCACAUUUUUCCACCGAUCAAGAGCUUUGCAAUUUGGCAAGAAAAAUAUCCGGAGCUUUCGUUCACUGUCGCGCGCCACAAACUAGUGUUUUGUGUUGGUUCUGAAUGGCGGAUGUGCAGAUGGGAGAGGCCGAAACCUUCGCCUUCCAGGCUGAGAUCAAUCAGCUUCUGAGUCUCAUCAUCAACACUUUCUACAGCAACAAGGAGAUCUUCCUUCGUGAGCUCAUCAGCAACGCCUCUGAUGCCUUGGAUAAGAUUCGAUUCGAGAGCCUGACGGACAAGAGCAAAUUGGAUGCGCAGCCCGAGCUGUUCAUCAGGAUUGUACCCGACAAAGUUAACAAGACCCUCUCUAUUAUUGACAGUGGCAUCGGAAUGACCAAAGCAGAUCUGGUGAACAAUUUGGGAACAAUUGCGAGGUCUGGAACCAAGGAGUUCAUGGAGGCGUUGCAGGCUGGAGCAGAUGUGAGCAUGAUAGGCCAAUUCGGUGUAGGGUUUUACUCAGCCUACCUAGUUGCAGAGAAGGUCAUUGUGACAACAAAGCACAAUGACGAUGAGCAAUACAUCUGGGAGUCUCAAGCUGGUGGGUCAUUCACUGUUACCAGGGACGUUUCUGGAGAGCCGCUUGGGAGAGGAACCAAGAUCACCCUCUUCCUCAAGGACGACCAGGUGGAGUACUUGGAAGAAAGGCGAAUCAAAGACCUUGUGAAGAAGCAUUCUGAGUUCAUUAGCUACCCAAUCUAUCUCUGGACUGAGAAGACAACUGAGAAAGAGAUCAGUGAUGAUGAGGAUGAUGAGCCCAAGAAGGAUGAGGAAGGAGCUGUUGAGGAAGUUGAUGAGGAGAAAGAGACCAAAUCAAAGAAGAAGAAGAUCAAGGAGGUUUCCCAUGAGUGGCAGCUCAUCAACAAGCAGAAGCCCAUCUGGCUGCGCAAGCCAGAGGAGAUCACCAAGGAGGAGUAUGCCUCAUUCUACAAGAGCCUGACCAAUGACUGGGAGGACUAUCUUGCUGUUAAGCACUUCUCGGUAGAGGGACAGCUCGAGUUCAAAGCUAUCCUCUUUGUCCCAAAGAGAGCCCCAUUUGAUCUGUUCGACACCCGGAAGAAGAUGAACAACAUCAAGCUUUAUGUGAGGAGGGUGUUCAUUAUGGACAAUUGCGAGGAGCUCAUUCCAGAGUACCUCGGAUUUGUGAAAGGCGUUGUUGAUUCUGAUGACUUGCCACUCAACAUAUCUCGUGAGAUGCUUCAACAAAACAAGAUUCUGAAGGUGAUCAGGAAGAAUUUGGUGAAGAAAUGCAUUGAGAUGUUCAAUGAGAUUGCGGAGAACAAGGAUGAUUACAGCAAGUUCUAUGAUGCUUUCUCCAAGAACUUGAAGUUGGGUAUUCAUGAAGACAGCCAGAACAGAGCUAAACUGGCUGAUCUGCUCCGAUAUUACUCGACCAAAAGUGGUGAAGAGAUGACAAGUUUGAAGGACUAUGUCACCAGGAUGAAGGAGGGCCAGAAGGACAUCUACUACAUCACUGGUGAGAGCAAGAAGGCAGUGGAGAACUCUCCAUUCUUGGAGAGGCUAAAGAAGAAAGGAUACGAAGUGCUCUUCAUGGUUGAUGCCAUUGAUGAGUAUGCCGUCGGACAAUUGAAAGAAUAUGAUGGGAAGAAGUUGGUUUCUGCAACAAAGGAAGGCUUGAAGCUUGAUGAAGAGAGUGAGGAAGAGAAGAAGAAGAGAGAGGAGAAGAAGAAGUCUUUCGAGAACCUCUGCAAGACCAUCAAGGACAUUUUGGGAGACAAGGUUGAGAAGGUGGUGGUCUCUGAUAGAAUUGUGGACUCCCCAUGUUGCUUAGUGACUGGGGAGUAUGGAUGGACUGCAAACAUGGAGAGGAUCAUGAAGGCUCAGGCAUUGAGGGACAGUAGCAUGGGUGCUUACAUGUCAAGCAAGAAGACCAUGGAGAUCAACCCAGACAAUGGGAUCAUGGAGGAGCUGAGGAAGAGGGCUGAGGUUGACAAGAACGAUAAAUCAGUGAAGGACCUUGUGAUGCUCCUAUAUGAGACCGCCCUCCUGACUUCUGGGUUCAGUCUAGAUGAUCCAAACACAUUUGCAGGUAGAAUCCACAGGAUGUUGAAGUUGGGUCUGAGCAUUGAUGAGGGGGAAGAGGUUGGUGAGGAGGAUGCUGACAUGCCUCCUUUGGAGGAGGAUGGCAAUGAGGAGAGCAAGAUGGAGGAAGUGGACUGAGUGAUUAAAGGGUGCAAGUCUAGCUCUUUCUUGUGAGUAUCUGGUGUACCGUGUAGUGUCGAAAAACAAAAAGAAAGCAAAAAUGAGGUGGUGUCCAAA